AUGGGAUUCAAUGUGACGAUGGUGAAUAUUCUAAUGAGUUGUGUGACGUCUGCUAGAUACAAAAUAACUCACGCAGGAAGAGAAUUUGGAGAUAUUAUUCCUGAAAGAGGCCUUCGACAGGGCGAUCCGCUGUCAUCUUACUUGUUACUAGUUUGUAUGGAAGGCCUAACUUCUAUAAUAAAGGAAUAUGAAAGGAAAGGUUUGAUUACGGGUAUAAAGGUAGCCAGAGGUGCCCCUACUGUAACCCACAUGUUCUUCGCCGACGACAGUUACAUCUUCUGUAAAGCUACUAAGGAAGACGCUGAACAUGUAAUGAAUAUCUUAAGCACAUACACAAAAAAGGAGGUUUUGGAUAUCCUUAAGUUCCAUGAGGCUGAUGAUUCCAGUCAUUACUUAGGUCUUCCUAACAGCCUGGGUAGAAAGAAAUCAGCUCUGUUGGGUUACUUGAAAGAAAAAGUUCAACAAAGGGUUCAGCCGUGGGAUGGGAAGCUGUUAAAUAAAGGAGCUAAGAUUGGUGGAAGUCCCAGCUAUAUUUGGAGAAGCAUUUUAGAGGCUCAACAGAUGCUUAAACAAGGGAUGGCCUGUCGUCUGGGUACGGGUGAUCUUAUAAGCAUUACCGAAGAUCCAUGGCUUCCAGAUGUCGAAAACCCUUUCAUUCAAACAAUACAUCCGGCCAUACAAAAUGCAAAAGUAUCUUCUGUAAUGGUCUCGGGAGAAAACAAAUGGGAUGAAGAUCUCCUCGAAGAUAUCUUUGAUGAAAGGGACAUUAACCUUAUCUUAUCUAUCCCUCUGCAGAAUAAUUCUCCAGAUAGUUGGUAUUGGAAGUACGCAAAGUGUGGUGGUUACUCAGUGAAAACAGCAUACAGGAGGAUCCAGGAUAGCAAGCCAGGCCAAAAUUCAUCAGUAAAUCCAUGCUUCUGGAAGAAUCUUUAG